UGAAGAGAAAGGCAGUGGGAAGCAAUACAAACGAUAGCUUAUUUUUUCUGGAAAAUUUGUCCACAAUUAUAAACGUGAUAAGAAGACAAUAGCCUUUGCCUUGUGUUUGAUUAAAAUGUCUUUGUUUCCUGCAUAUUCCGAUGAAACUCAGAGCAAACAAUUUUCGGAAACACUACCAAACUCCACUGCUACGUCGUCACAAUGGUUGGAGAAUACUAGUUUUCCUGCCGAAGGCCUGCAUUUAGCUUCACAAGGAGUAGGAAAGGCGCUGGCGAAUCCAACAUCUGAAACUGAUACUAGUGUUGACAGCUGUGAUAAUGAGGUUUCUUCUAACUCCAGAGAUAGUCUAAAGCAAAUAACGAGCAGCAGGAAAAAAGAAAAGUUAAAAAAACAUACAAUACAAGAGACAAGGUCUGCAAAUUUGCUGGAUUUUACAGGCAAUGAGGAUUUUUACGUUGACAAAAAGAGAGCAAAUCAAUACAAUGCAGUAAGAACUUUACACAAGCCAGCUUGUCCACGAUAUCGCAUUAAAUAUCAGGUUUUGGGACCCAAAUACUUUGUAUCCGCAAAACAGAAAUCCAAGCGGUAUUACCAUAAUAGCAGCCUUGCCAUUGAUGGUGAAAAAAUUAGCGAUACAAAAUGCUAUCCCCUCACGGAAAAUGAAUAUACCUUACAAUUAGGCGAACUCAAUCGUAAGACAGUAGAGAAUUGCAGGGACAUUCAAAGCUGGUUAGAUCUUAUAGUAUUACAGGAUCGCAACCCCUACAAGUGGUCACGCCUACGAGUUGCAGAAAAGAAAAUCGAUUACAUCGAAAAGGCUUUAAAGUUCCAUCCGUCAAAUGAUGAAUUGUAUAAGGUAUAUAUUGCCACUAUUACACAAUGUUAUACCUCCCAUGAUGUGAGUAAAAUGCUGGAUGCUAUGCUGUCUAAGGACCCGCACAACUUAAAUUUAUGGCAGGCGCAAAUUAUGUGCACUCAGGGGACUAUGGCCAGGUGCACAGUGCCUGAUGUAAUGAGAAUCUAUGAGCGAUGUAUGAAGAAAAUAUUUCACAAGCAGGUACAGCCAAGUUCUUCGGCGCAGCUGGAUAGCGAUUCCGUAAUGAUGCAUCUUUUUUAUACCCUAUCGUUGUUUUUACGACAAUCAGGUCUAUAUGAACAAUUUUUCGCCUUAAUCAAGUUGGGCAUCGAGUUGAAUAUACCAGACAAUACAGCUAUACUGGAUGAUCUACAGCCUCGCAUUCAAGAUGAGACGACGUUGGUCGAAUACGAGGAGCUAAUUCUACAAUCGGGGUUGCCAAUGAACGAAAUUUGGCUGAGAGUGGAAAAACUUCGGCAGGGAUUCUAUUUUCUGCCUUUUCCUGGCGAUAGUGCAAAAUGCAGCGAUCCUCAACGCAUUGUAUUCAACGAAGACGUAUGUCAUUACGUUUAUCCUCUUAAGUCUAGGGAAAACUCAUUUAAACUGCUACUUUUAAUUCUAAAACUGUUAAAGUUGCCAUUUAUACAUACGCAUUGCCUAACUGAUCAGCUUGAAGGAGACACAGACGCCAUUGAGGAUAUGCUUGCUGUGUAUGUGAAUCCGAAUUAUAACUGGUGCAGUGAACAAAUGGAUUUCUUUCAAAGCCUCUACGAUUUUUCUAAAGAAAUGGCUUGUAGCCCAACAUUCCUGAAUCACUGUAUUGGACAUGAAUUAUAUACAGAUUGUCUGCAAAAAUUUCUUACAAAUUGCUCAAAAGCGUAUGAACAAGUCGACGAGAGAAAGCGUUUAGUUUUCCUUAUGUUAUGGUGCCGCUUUCACCAUCUUCUGUUAAUCCUAGAAAAGAUAAAUAAGAAAUUCAAUGCAGAUUUUGCGAAAAAGGGCAGGAAAAUGUUCAAAGCCCUUCUAAAGCACCAAAGUAAUCGCAAAUGCCUCACACUAUAUGUUGAAUUCGCGCGCUACGAAUACGAAGCUGAAGCACCCAUGGAAAUGGUAGACAAUAUAUUUAAAAGCCUUAUAGAAUCUUACAACCAGGACGAGAAUCUGUCCUCAGAACUUGCAUAUGCCUAUUUAACUUACGCCGAAAUACUUCUCAAAAGUCAAGAUAUUAGAAGGGCUUGUCAGCUAAUUUCAGCCUAUGCACUUGAAUGCAAUGUCGACAAUGAUAUACCAAGCCCUCGUAAACUUAUCGCCCUAAACAUCAUGAAAGAAAAAGUUGAGCAAAUAAUAAAAAUAGAGGAAAGUGUAAGAAUUAUGCUACUAGAGCAAUAUAUAUUGCCCGAUAAUACCCUAACGCAAGUGAAAAUGUACUGCCUGUUGCUGUAUGCGUUGAAUCAAAAACAACAAGCUUUAGAGUAUAUGCAAAAAAUUUUAUUGAAAUUCAAUUUUUCGGGCAACCCUAGGCAUCAAUUCUUGAGAGAGCAAUGUUUCGAAAUUUAUGUAAACCUUUUGCAGCUGCCUGGAGGCAAUAGCUACAUAUCUUAUUCACUAGUCCAGCAGAGUAUUGCGGAAGCUUUAAAAGUUUACCCCAACAAUGUGUUUUUACUUCAUAAAUGGGGUUCCCAGUCAUCGCUGCCUUGGUAUAAACUGAGAAAAGGCUAUAUGACUAUAGACCCUUCCAUCAAGUGCGUCAUUUUGCUCAUUGCUUUGGCGCGAUGUAGAUUUAUUAGAAGUUUAUCGUUGAACGUUAAAAGUGUUGACUCUCGCGUUGCCCUGAUGGCCACACAUGCUGAUAUUGGUUACCAUGAAGUGGUAGUGCGACAAAGAGUUUUGAAUCUAUUCAAAUUUUUGAUGCAAUCGCACAUGUCUUCAACAGUAAGUUCUACCCAACCACUUUUUACUUCACUUCGGCGUAACUCAUUAUUUUGGCGUUGCUACUUGCGUUGUUUGUCAGAUCAGAGUUGUUCCUUUGAACUAAGCAAACAAUGUUUACUGACGGCUCUAGAUGAAUGCCCAUGGAGUAAAGCAUUGUAUUUGGAUGGGGCCACCUUUGUACCCCAAGAACUCUCCCAUCUACAAGACUUAAUAAUAGAAAAGCAGUUAAGAAUAUACGCAUUACCAGAAGAACUGGAAAUUUUAAGGGAACGAUAGUUUUAGCUAUCCGAGCACAUUUUAUAGUUCAUAACAUUCGCAACAGGUAGUUAUGUUAAAUACAAAGAAAUGUAAUAGGUACAUAAAGAAAACUGAAACUUGA